AUGCAUCUUACUUACCUGGAGACCCGAAUCCCCUUUCAAGCUCACACUCGGGACGAAGCUUGCUCGAUAGUAUUCUGCUUAGUAGCAAUCCGAAUGAGAUUCUGCAAGCAAUGUCGCCAGGCCAAACGCAAGUGUAUACGCAGCGAAACAGACCUGUUCGCACCCUGCGGACGAUGUUUACGCCAUCAUCUAGCCUGCUCAAGCGCUCAACCUCCAUCAUCUAAGCGCAAGCACCAGCUUGCACCGCGCGCUAUAUUCUCCGACUCACUAUCUCCAAGCGCAAGCCAACCAAUCUCAAAUCUGCCACGGAAAGCCGUCGAUGACUUCCUCGCUAAUCAAGAGGCGGUUGUGGAGCUGGCCAGCAACUAUUUGACGAAAAUCCACGACCGUCCACAUAGUAUCUUCCACGCACCCACUUUAUGGAGCAGGAUUCGUCAGAAGUCUGUUUCCAAGGCGUUGCUACUGGCCAUCUGUGCCACGCGAGCUCACUUGUCCAACCAGCCGACGGUGAGAUUGCUCAUUCCUUUCUUGACGGCCGAAUGCAAGCGUCUCCUCCGGAAUGAUAUGGAGCAAAUUUGUCUGGAUAACAUUCAGACGUGUAUACUUGUUGCAAAUCUCUGUGCCGCACAUGCCAAUCCGUCGUCGGAGUUUCUCCUCUUUCAGAUGGCAGUUGCCAUGGUGCAGCUGAUUGACAUUCCCGCUCCGAAUGCAAAGGACGAUGUAAUAACGGCCGAAAUUAAGAUUCGCGUCUGGUGGGCGCUGUUCAUGGCCGACAACUGGUGCUCCUCGAGUCUUGGUCUACCUCGCCAGGUGAAGGAGUUUCGUCGACCUCCUUUCCCUUGGAAGAGCGGUCUUUUUUACUCCUUGAAGCCCGAUCAGCCGUCCCUGUCGCCACACUCAUACCGAGCUCCUGGUUUAUGGGCGCAUAUGAUCACACUCGUCGAACUUUUUGUUCAAAUUCAGGAUCUCAACCGGAGUGUCGUCAAUGGUGGGGAGUUGACAAACGAUAAAAUAGCAGACGCCACAGAGCAUCUCUCCUGCAAAAUUGACAGCUGGCAGGCCGCACUUCCUAGCGAUAUGAUUCUCACGGAGUCGAACAUCAUCGAGCAUACGCACCGUGGGAAUGGAGGCGCUUUCUUCGCUCUCCACUUGGGCUUCCACCACUAUGCGACCCUUUUGUAUUACCAAUACCUUGACACCCAAUUGCCCUCGACAUCACGAACAGAGCGCUUUGCCGAAUCUUGCAAGUACCAUGCGUUGCAAUACAGCAAACUGCUGUCUCUUGUCGACAACAGUCUGGUUGCGAGACCGUGUACCCAACAGUAG